AUGUCACAAAAAGAUCUCGACGCUGCCGUAUUGGCUUAUCUCGUUAAAAGGGGAUUCACAAAAGCGGUGAAGGCUUUAGAGAAGGAAUCGGAUGUCAAACCUGGUGAUGAAGGAAAAUUAGAAUCAGUAUGGGAGUCUUCUGUGCCAAAAACUCAAGAUGUUGAAAUGGCAUCUUCCUCUUCCUCUUCCUCUUCUUCGUCGUCUUCCUCUAGUAGCACUUCAAGCUCAAGUUCCGAUAGCGAUAGCGGUAGUGAAAGCGAGAAUGAAGCAAAGAAAGAUGUUAAAGUAGCUGCCGCUGUUCCACUACCUGAAUCUGAUAGCUCAAGCUCUGAUUCUGAUUCUGGUUCCGAGUCAGGUUCAGAAUCCGAUUCUUCCUCCUCUUCUUCGUCUUCGUCGUCAUCAUCAUCCAGCUCUUCUUCUUCCUCUUCAUCUUCAAGCUCUUCAUCGUCAUCUUCCACCUCUACUUCAUCUUCCGAUAAACCUGAACCGGCUUCAGCACUUUCAAGCGUCACUUUACAAGGAGAAACACCCGAUGAAGCAUCUUCCUCCUCCUCGUCUUCCUCAUCAUCAUCUUCCUCGUCCUCGUCGUCCGACUCAGAUAGUGACUCGUCUGACUCGGAAUCAGAAGAAAACAGUGAAAAGACUGUUCAAAAGUUCUUAGAUGUUGAAGCGUCCGAAUCAGGAUCUGAAUCUGAUUCAGAGUCGAGUGAUUCCGAAUCUUCUUCCUCGUCUUCUUCUUCGUCAUCAUCAUCGUCAUCAUCAUCCUCCUCAGAUAGUGAUUCAUCUUCUGAAUCUGAAUCCGACGACGAGAAAGACAAAGAAGAAGAAAAAGAAAAAGAAGCUAAACCAGUCAUUGGACAAAAACGAAAAGCUUCUUCCCCAACACCUUCAUCUUCCUCUUCUUCAUCAUCUUCGUCCUCUGCCAGUUCCAGCUCCGGAUCAUCAUCCUCCAGUUCAUCUUCAUCAGGAUCCGGAUCGGGCUCAAAAUCUGAUUCUUCACCUGCCGUUACUGUAGUGACUACCAAAAAGAGAAAAUUGGAAGAUGGUACAGAAGCAAUUACAUCAACUUCGACCACUACUACACCUGCUCAUCAUCAUCAUCACCACCAUCAUCACGAUCGUCUCGAUAUACCUGGAAGUGGAGCUGGUACGCCCACAUCAGGGGGAAAGAGACAAAGAAUCCAAGGUCAGAGAUUCGAAAGAAUCAAACCUGAUAAUGUAACUUUUCACGAUGACCGAUUAGUUGAUAAUUCAUUUGCUGCUAGGGAGGCAAUGGGCGCUAGCAUGAAUGAUUACGGAGCAAAGGCAUCGAGAGAUUUGAUCGUCACUAGAGGUGCGGGAUUCAGAAAAGAAAAGAACAAGAAGAAGAGAGGAAGUUACGUCGGUGGUGAAAUUACCCUCGCGUCGCAUUCAAUCAAAUUUGACGACUAG